CAUUCGAAGUCGAAACCUUGUGCAGUCUCCUCACGAGAGAGCAAAACUUGUGUUGUCAUUUGACGAUUUACAGCAUACCCGAAAAACUCUUCUAAAAUGGACAACAGCGUUGGGUUUUUGGUGAUCGUGUUCAUCGUGGCGGUGAGCGGGCAAGCCAUCGGCAUACAACAACAGACCCAAAUAUUGCCAACUGAACAACAAGAUAACCACUUCUUAUGUGUGCUCUGUGAAGAAGUGUUGACCUUCUCGUAUAACGUGAGCACUGACAAGGAAUUCUUGGCCUUGUUGCAGAAUUACCAGAGGCAGGUUGCGUGCACUUACUUGAUCCCUGAGGGUUUCAAGUCUUUCUGCGAAAACUAUAUCCAAGACAUCCCAAAGCUGGUCGUAGCAUUCGCCAACACCUAUUUGAAUCCCGACAGGUGCGCAUUUCUCUGCAAGUCCUCGGAUAUGAACCAGCAGCUGAACGUCUUGGGCAGCAUUGUCAAGAAGAUGGGGGGAGCGUCUGGGAAAGACCUCUUCAAGUAGAACAAGCCCAGCCAACAUCUCCCUGAAGACGAAUCUGCAUGCAUUCAUUUUAUUAGCUUGCUUUUUGUUUGAUCAUAUAUUCCAGUUUAAUGUUAUUGGUGAAUAAGCAAAUAUAUAUAUAUUUUUUUCAUUGUGUCAGAUCUUUUCAUUUUGUCGGUCACGGGCUACUUUGAGAUAAUUUUUGACACACUAGGGGGCGCUAUUUGGUAUGGGCAAACUCUUUUGUAUUUACUGCUACGAAACAGCGCUGUUCUAUUAGUUCCCAGCAUACCUCAAAACGAUAAGAAUUGGGGGUUUUUCUCCAAAAUCCUUGAAAAGGCAGCCAACAACGCGCUGUAUUCGUGCCUCGAUUAGAACAAUCUGAUUCUGCUUGCCAAUCUGAUUUUAGACCACUGCACUCGACGAAGAACACGUUGCAUGAAUUAAUAAUUGUCUUUAUGCAAUAUAACACAAAAAAGAAACAGUUUUUAUUGAUCUUAGAAAGGCAUUCGAUUCUGUCGAAUCAAAUUAUCCUCUUAAAGAAGCCGCAGAACAUUAUUUUGACACUGUUUUAAACUGGUUUGGUUCGUAGCUAUAGUCAAACGCAAACAGUCCGUGUGCAUUGAACCGAACCAAUCCAGUUAGUCCAAGAGCCAGGGGUCAUUCAUAUUCUUUUUUUUGGGGGGGGGGGGAAAUGACCAUGUUUGGAAAAGGUUACACCUUGGCUAGUCGUAUGGUACCCUCCACUCGGUCAUUCCUGUUGUGGAAUCUUUUUUAGUAAGUUAAUCAGGCUCCAAAGGGUUGUUGCUAAGGAGGAUGCGGUUGCUAGGUAACCAACAUCUAAACUAGCAUGAUCAAAUGGUCCUUGGUGUUGAAUAUCCUAUGCAAAUUACUUAGAUAUCUCGUGUAAAUGUUCAUAUAUUGAUAUGAAAUCAUUUUAAAAGGAAAUACCGUACGACUUGCGAAUUCGAAUACCCCAAGGUAUCACCUUGCCAAAAGUACCCACCAAGCACUUUAUCAUUUCCAAAAAAAACCCCAAUUGACCCUUUGCUCCUACUCUAAGUCCUCUUUCUCUCAAUACUGGACUCAAGGCUCAAUUUUUUUUGUCAUUCUUAAGAAUUGUCAAUUGUAGAUGUUCGCAUUUCAUAUAUUGCAAUGUUUUCCAUGUAGUUUUCAGCUCUAUUUUAUUCGGUGACGCAACACAUACUUCUAAUCUUUUUUGGCUUUUCCGCAAAGCUGCGGGAAAAGCCGUUGUUUUUGUUCUGACUUUUUGGGUUUUCCGUAUUUUUCUAGGAAAACCCUUUAUUUUUGUUAUGAUUUUUUUGCUUUCUUUCAACAUGCAAAAUUCAAAAUUCUGUUUUUAUUAUGUUUGCUAGGUAUAUGCAAAA